ACAGCAAACGCGGCUUCAAUGAACUGGAUCCAAGCAACACAAUCAAAGCGAAACCAAACCCAAAAAGUUCAAACCCAGAGAAAGUAGUGGUAGGAAAUGAUUUGUGGAGUGACUGUGUCUUCCCAGAGUUGCAGCUUUGAUUGCUAUCCGACAAAAGGUGGGUUCACCAUAUUCUUCAUUAACAUGAGCUCUCAAAUGGACAAGUCCCUAUUCCAGAGCUUCUUCAUCCAUUCAUUUACAGCUCUGCUCUGCACACGAUGAGUUCAGGCCAUGGCUGUUCCCAAACGAUAUCGAAGAGCAGCUCCCAGGCAAUAACAUGUAGAGCAGCUGCGGUGUGCUGGGGAGCGGAGGAGCUGCUGAAAAUAGAAGAGGUCGAGGUCGAGCCACCUCGAUCAUCGGAGGUUCGUGUCAAGAUUCUGUUCGCCAGUGUCUGCCACACCGACAUUCUACGCUGGAAAGGGCGUCCUCUUGCAUUUUUCCCCAGAGUGCUUGGACAUGAAGGUGUUGGUAUUGUGGAAAGCAUUGGUGAAGGGGUCACAAAUUUGAAAGAAGGGGACCUUGUAAUUCCUACCUUCAUUGGAGAAUGCCAGGAAUGCAGGAAUUGUCUUUCAGGAAAGACCAACAUAUGCGAAAACUACCCACUACAUCGCCACGGCCUCAUGCCUGAUCUGUCAUCAAGAAUGCAUGUAAGAGGCCAAAGACUUUACCAUAUGUUUACCUGUGCAACAUGGUCAGAAUACACAGUUGUGAACGUCAACUAUGUUACAAAAAUCGAUCCAAGGGUUCCUCUCCCACAUGCUAGUCUCAUCUCAUGUGGGUUCUCAACUGGUUUUGGUGCAACAUGGAAGGAAACCAAGAUCGAAAGGGGGUCAACUGUCGCUGUUUUUGGUCUUGGAGGUGUUGGAUUAGGGGUAAUUAUAGGAGCCCGAAUGAGAGGGGCUAGUAAAAUCAUUGGCAUAGAUUUAAAUGAAAGCAAGAAGGAGAAGGGGGAAUUUUUUGGAAUGACAGAUUUCAUAAAAUCUGGGCAAUCCCACCAAUUCAUUUCACAGGAAAUUAAAGAGAUGACGAAAGGGGUGGGCGUCGACUACAGCUUUGAGUGCACUGGAGUGGAACCGUUGAUCAACGAAGCCCUUGAAUCCACAGCAGUGGGAACAGGAGUCACCAUCUCAAUUGGCAUUAGCGAGAAGGGGAUUGCUCCAAUCAAUCUCGUUGCCCUGUUAUCUGGUAGUAGAACACUGAAGGGUUCAGUCUUUGGAGGGAUCAAACCUCAAACUGACCUUCCCACCAUUAUCGAGAAAUGCAUAAACAAGGAGAUCGAACUUGAUGCGCUUGUGUCUCAUGAAGUUCAACUGGAAGACAUAAAUCAAGCAUUUGAGUUACUGAAACAACCUGAUUGUCUUAAAAUUGUAAUCCAAGUAAAUAAGAGUCUGUCUUGUUGAUCAACAUAACUAAGAUAUGGGGUGUAAUUCUUGGUCAUUUUGAGAGAAGUUAUUUCAGAUUGAAACUUGAACA